GAGAGUGAUCAAUUGAUCAUUGACGAUGUGCAAGUAGUUUCUUAUGGUUUACUUGCUAUAAGAUGUAAAAUCAAGGCACUCAUCUAGGACCCUUGUUGAGACUCAAUAAUUUAUCUGAUCUUAUGUUUAUGAGGAUAGCAUUAAUGACUAUCAUUAAACAGUAGUGAUUUUUAGAUGAUUAUUAGUGACUAUUAUUAUAAGUAUAUUAAAUAUACUGUCAUAUGUAAAUAUCAUAAAUACGCCUCAAUGUACUCAGUACAUGAUACUAUCUACAUAUGUAACAUCUUCUAAUGCUAUCAUAAAUUACCAAACACCAUCCUUUCAUAAGGACGUGCAAAUGUGGUGGAUUUUUUCUAGAAGCUUGGAAUUUGAAAAAUAAAUUUUGGGAAGGAAUUUGUGUAAAUAACCACAGCCAUCUGAGACAUUAAGGAAAAGAAAAUCACUAUACAUCAUUUUUAGUCAUUACCAGUAAUAACCUGCUAGUUGCCAUAAAAAUUCCGCAAACCUUAAAAAAAAAAAAAAAAAAAAAAAGGGAGGUGACAACUUUGACGACCUAACAAGAAACUCCACCUCCUUCAAAGACAAAAAGAGUUUGGCAUCCUUCAAAAUCAUGACAUGCAUUCUUAAAACAGGACAGAAGUACAGAGGACACAAUUGCAACAUAUACAGUAGCGAAGGAGAAAGUCAACAUCAUCCAAAUGUCCGGAAGUAAAUCAGGUUCAAAUGCUUCACAUAACAAUGAAGCAGCUGAGGCAGAAGAAGUGUACACAGGUUUUCUGUACAAAUCCCCUCCUUCUGGCCAGAUAAAAUUGACGAAAUCAUGGAAGCAUCGCUUCUUUGUGCUCGCAAAGACAAACAACAGCAGUCAUGAGCUAAAAUACUACAAAACCACUGAGAGAAACAAACUUAUAAAAUCCAUAGAUGUUUCCACCAUCACAAUGCUGCAUGUGCGUCCUGAAUCACAUUCAGUCUUUGAAUGGAUCUGCAAAACCUUCAAGUGCUCUCCAUCCUCUGUGCUCUUCAUGAAAACAGAAAAUCCAGCAAACAAGGUCCAAAGAGAAUAUUUCUUCAUUGGAGACACCAGUGAGGAGGUGGAUAGAUGGUUCAAUGCUUUAUCCAGGGUUUCGAAGAAUAUCAAAUCUGAGUCACAAACUGAACCUCAGAUUAUGCCAGAAUCCAACUCUAGUGACCAAAACCCCUGUGACACUGAAGAGACUGAAGUUGAUAGUCUACCCCCACUGCCUCCAAGGGGAAAGUCAGCAUCUGAAGGUGUUACCACUCAGCAGGGUCAAUGUAGCCAACCACCCAAGAACAGCCCAUCUGCAACAGAGGUUUGCAAACAAAUGGAAAUAAAGGAAACUUUAGAUGAGACUGCAGAGGACAGCAAUGAGGACACGUCUUCAGGGGAUAGUGAAGGCAGUUUGUUGUAUUGUGUCACAGAAGUCUUUUCAAAAAAUUCUUUGACACAGCAAAAAUCAACUGAGUCAGACAAGUACAAAAUACAAAAUGGAAACUGUGCCUCCAUUAAGCAGAAUGGAUCAGCUACAGACAAGAGUGAAACACACACCCUUGUCGAGAAGGAAAUUCGUGUAAGUCUUCGUGAGCUGAACAGCUUGAUCUUUACAGAGGAGGCAGGAAAACCAUGUGUGUCUGAGUGUCAGCAGAUUCAGGACUCAUGUCUGCUCCAUAAGGGGGAUCAGAUACUGGCUGUCAAUGACCUGUUGACAGACUCAGUGGAGGAGAUACACACAUACCUAAGAAGGCUUAGCAAGAACGAGGUAAAACUGACCAUUCUACGGCUCCCAGACUCCAGUUCCUCUACAUUCUGAACCCUGCUGAGGACAAAAACAAAAUGACCUAAUCUCAAAGUGGGUUACUGUUCUUCUUCAUCUGAUUUUUCAGGCCCUUCAAUACUCUCUUCAUCAAUGUGAAAGUUUCUCAUGCAUUUUUUCUCAGUGGGUAACAGCACUGUGCUGGAGAUCAGUUGACAGUGAUUUUAAACAGAAUGAGCUGAUGAAAGGGUUUUAUUGUAGUAUAACUUCUAGUUUCACAAGUGGUGAUUUCUAAAACUACGCUUGACUGGCAUCUAUGAUUUGUUAGUGCCAGAUCGUACAGGCUGAAAGUACUGCUUUUCACACAACCCCGGGGAGCAUAUGGGUUGUCAAAAGUAACUUUUGUUUUCUUUUGUACAUUAAGGCUUGCUGAGCUUAUGUUCUUCUUAUUAAAGAUAUCUCAGGAAUGACUUAGUAUACAGAAUAGCGCAAAAUGGCAUCAGUGAAAUUAAUAAGGUAAUAGAAACAAAUUUACUAGAACUUUAGAACUUUCUUCUAGCAGUAAAUAAAUGUCGGGAUAGCAUUAAAGAUAUGUUGAACAGUAUUUUGAUGUUACUUUUAAAGGGUUAGUUCACCCAAAAAUGAAAUUUCUGUCAUUAAGUACUCACCCUCAUGUUGUUCCACACCCGUAAGACCUUCGUUCAUCUUCAGAACACAAAUUAAGAUAUUUUUGAUGAAAUCUGAGAGGUAUCUGACUCGUCCAUAGACAGCAAUAUAACCAAAACUUUCAAAUGCCCAGAAAGGUAUUAAAGUUAUAUUUAAAACAGUUCAUGUGACUACAGUGGUUAUGAGAAUACUUUUUGUGUGCAAAAAAAAGAAAAACAAAAUAACUUUGUUCAACAAUAUCUAGUGAUGGGCAAUUUCAAAACACUGCUUCAUGAAGCAGCUUUUGUUUCGAAUCAGUGGUUCGGAGUGUGUAUCAAACUCCCAACGUCACAUAAACCAUUGAAAUUUCGAAACACUUAUGAUGUAACGAUGCCUCGUUUACUGAAAUCACGUGACUUUGGCAGUUUGACACACGCUCCAAAACACUGAUUCGAAACAAAUGAUUCGUAAAGCUUCGAAGCUUCACGAAGCAGUGUUUUGAAAUCGCCCAUCACUAGAUAUUGUUGAAUAAAGUUGUUAUUUUGGUGCACAAAAAGUAUUCUCGUCGCUUCAUAACAUUAAGGUUGAACCACUGUAGUCACAUGAACUGUUUUAAAUAUGCCUUUAGUAGCUUUCUGGGCAUUUGAAAGCAAUGCAGGCCUCACUGAGCCAUCUGAUUUUAUCAAAAAUAUUUUAAUUUGUGUUCCGAAGAUGAACGAAGGUCUUAGGGGAUUGGAACGACAUGAGGGUGAGUAAUUAAAGACAGAAUUUUCAUUUUUGGGUGAACUAACCCUUUAACUGCCUGUGAAUCUGUGUACUGAAACUGCAUUUAAUUGCAUUAUAUUUUGUAACCACAUGGUGGCACACUAACACAAAUUGAAUUAUUUUAAAACUUAACCUUGUUAUUCUUACAUCUUGAAUUCUGAUUACUUCCAGCAUAUAAAUUCAAAGCAAAGUAUCUUGGCUUGUUAAAAAAUUUUUUUAUAUAUAUAUAUAUAUAUAUAUAUAUAUAAACUGCAGCUGCACUGAAACUAGUUUGUAGCAAAUCCAAAUGUUUUUUUUUUUUUUUUUCAAAUUGAAAUGAGAUUCAGAUAUUUAUUAAAAAAAAAAAAAAAAACUAAAACUACUGACUACCUGCUAAAGAACUGUUGAGCAUGUGUAUUGAAAUGUAUUACUUUUCUUAUAGCAAAAUGUAUGAUCUUGUAUGUGCACAAGUAUGAAAUAAAAUAUGCAAUUCAGAGAACAAAA